UCACAAAAGCGAAUGCGGAAGGACUUCUCAAAGACGAAAGCGGAAAUUUGCCAGUAGGAAUAUUUCGACCUGAAAUAGUUUUAUUUAGCGCCGAGGAACCACUUGUCGGAUGGAUAGAUAAUAUGUAUGGGCCACAAGAUGUCACGGUGUCUUCGGUACUUGGUAUCACAAGAUUUCUUUCUUGUAAUCCCGAUGUUAAGGCAAAUAUAGUGCCCGUCGAUUUCACGGUAAGUGCUUUGAUCGCUAGUGCGUGGAACGUCUAUAAUCAAUUCAGGAGAGGCAAGGAUACAUUAAUUUAUAAUUUCGUGUCACCAAUCGAUGGACCUACUUAAAAUGAAUCCCGUAAUGCAUUUGUCGACACAAAUAAGAUGUACCCCUUGAUGCCAUAUAUUUUCCCUUUAUAGUUUACGUCCAACAUAAAAUACUACAUAGAAUUUGC